UAUCCUAACAUCACCUCCGUCUUUCUGCCUUUCUAUCUUCUAUACGCUCAUUCACAAAUGCAAACAGACACAAAGAGUGACAAGUGCAGGUCCCUAGACAGCUGGUCUUGCGUCACAGAGAGCGCAAGUCGAGCCUUUUCUGUAUGCAGUUUAGCCAGCUCAGCUCUACAGCGUGCAGACAGAGGAGGAGAGGAGGUCAGGUGUGUGUGUGUGUGCGCGCACAGGGUGAAUGAUCGCCUGGAUAUUUCACAGAAGAUAAGAAGGAUACAGAUCUGUUAACCUUGGAUAGCACGACUGGACAGCUUUAAAUGAAGGAAUCAAUGUCUUUCCAGCCUUGACCGUGCAUCAUUGUUAAAAAAGUCAGAUUUUUCUCUUCAGAGUCAUUGCUUUUUUCUGGCAAUCAAGCUGUGACAGGAAUCUACAUGAUUUGGGUUUUCUUUCAGGGUCCAACCAGGAAGCUAUGAUGGUUGGAAAGUCAGUCAGGCAGUGGAGGUCCAUCUGUAAGGGACUGAUCCUGGGUGCGCUCCUGACCACCUGCAUGAUUCUUUUGUACUGCCUGUCGACCCCAGAGGUCCAGUUUGGCCUGCAAGAGGUCCCAGUGCCUUACUCAUGUGCUCAUCGCCCUUCUGCCGUCCACUCCUCAACGAUCUCUAACAGCUCCCAUCAUGCCUCUGGGCAACGAACCUGCACUCCUCAAGUGGACAUCAUGUUCAUGAAAACCCAUAAAACAGCUAGCAGCACUUUCCUCAACAUUCUCUUUCGCUUUGGCGAAAAACACCACCUCAUAUUUGCCUUCCCCAACAGCCGCAAUGACUUCUUCUACCCUUCCCCUUUCCAUCGCUCACAAGUGAAGGACUACAGGCCCGGAAUGUGUUUCAACAUCAUCUGUAAUCACAUGCGUUUCAAUUCUGCUGAGGUGGCCAAAGUGCUUCCAGCUGACACCUCGUACAUCACAAUCCUCCGGGACCCGGCUGAUCUCGCGGAGUCCUCGUUCCACUAUUUUGGACGCGUUGUACCUCUCACUUGGAAGCUUUCUGGAGAUGAUAAGCUGAGAGAGUUCCUGAAGGAUCCGAAGCUCUACUACGACCCAGAGGGAUUCAAUUCGUUCUAUCUCAAAAACUUGCUUUUCUUUGACUUUGGACAGGAUAAUAACUUAAAUCCAGAUGACCCAAAAGUGGACUUGGCCAUUCACGCAAUCGCCCAGCGCUUCCAUUUGGUAAUGCUUGUGGAGUAUUUCGAAGAGUCGCUCAUCCUGCUCAAGGAUGCACUCUGCUGGGACAUGGAGGACUUGCUUUUCUUCAAACUCAAUGUCCGGAAAGGUUCAACUGUUUCUAAACUGACCCCAGAGCUCAGGGCCAAAGCACUGGAGUGGAACGCCAUCGACUGGAAACUUUACCAGUAUUUCAACGCCACAUUCUGGAAUAAAGUAGAUGCUUAUGGCAGAGAGCGCAUGGCGAGAGAUGUCGCAGAGCUGCAGCACAGAAACGCAGAGAUGGCUUCUAUUUGCAUUGAAGGAGGCCACGCUGUCGAUGCAGGAAGCAUCUUGGAGACGUCCAUGCAGCCGUGGCAACCCAUAGGAGAGAAGUCGAUUAUGGGAUACAAUCUGAAAAAAAAUGUCGACAAAGCACAUGGAAAGCUCUGCAGGAAGAUGCUCACGCCAGAGCUGCAGUAUCUCACUGAUAUGGGUGUCAACCUGUGGAUAACAAGACUGUGGGGUCACAUAAGAGAGAUCCUUCACUGGUAGCUCAGAAGAAAUGCUUUGCUUAGGUGAAAGGUCAGCACUGACUUUAUGGGAGCUUGUUUCCGCCAGAUAAUAAAAGAUUAAAAUCUCAUUGUGACUUUGAGCUCACAAUUCCAGCUUUUUUUCCUCACAAUUCUGAAUUUAUGUCUCACAGUAAAGACAUUUUUCUCAGAUUUGUUUCUUCCACAAAUUACACUUUUUCUCAUUAGAAUUGCAAUUUUUGCAAUUUACUUGUUUUGUU